AUGCCGCUGCUCCUCGUGGCGACGGCGCUGUGCUGCGCCUCCCCGGCGGCGAGGGCCGGGACCGGGCGCUGCAAGUUCCCUGCCGUCUUCAACUUCGGCGACUCCAACUCCGACACCGGCGGCUUCUGGGCCGCCUUCCCGGCGCAGCAGGGCCCGUUCGGCAUGACAUACUUCGGCAGGCCGGCCGGCCGCGCCUCCGACGGCCACCUCGUCAUCGACCUCAUAGGCACGUACCUCUUGCCGCAAGCGAUGGGGCUGCCGCUGCCGAGCCCGUACCUGCAGUCCAUCGGGUCGGACUACCGGCACGGCGCCAACUUCGCGACGCUGGCGUCCACGGUGCUGCUGCCCAACACGUCGGUGUUCGUCACCGGGACCAGCCCCUUUCUCCCUCGGUAUCCAGCUCAACCAGAUGAAAGAGUUCAGGAACAGAGUGCUCGCCUCCAACGGCAACAACGACAGGAAGGUUCAGAGAUGCUUGGUUGCUUUGCAGGCCAACUCCCUCGUCCGGAUGUCUUCGGCAACGCUCUGUAUACAAUUGACAUCGGACAGAAUGAUUUUACCUCAAACCUUGGAUCCCUUGGCGUCGAAAGCGUCAAGCGAAAUGUACCUUCAAUUGUCAACCAGAUCUCCUGGACAAUACAGGACUUGUAUAACAUCAGAGCUCGCAACUUCAUGGUGUUCAACAUGGCGCCCGUAGGAUGCUACCCAGCAUUCCUCACGGAGCUUCCUCAUAACAGCAACGACUUGGAUGAAUUUGGAUGCAUGAAAAGCUACAAUAGUGGAGCGACAUACUACAACGAGUUACUGAACAGCAGCUUAGCCGAGGUCAGAAAGAAGCUGCAGGAUGCGUCGGUCGUAAACAGCGAGGCAGUGAACGGGACUAGAGCUUGCUGUGGAUAUGGCGGUGGAACAUACAAUUUCAAUCAGGAUGUUUACUGCAGAAACAGCAAGGUAGUGAACGGCAAAACUGCAACGGCAGGGGCUUGUGGAGACCCGCAAAACUAUGUCAGCUGGGAUGGGAUACAUGCCACUCAAGCUGCAAAUAACAAGAUAGCCUAUGCAGUGAUCAGCGCCUCCUAUUCAUAUCCACCUUUCGAUCUUUCGAAGCUAUGUAGCCCUUAG